AUGUCGUUCGGUGAGGUGACGAUCACCCUAGAGGACGUUGCGACACUGACCGGUCUAGCGAUCGAUGGUGAUGCCGUCGUAGUAGACAUACCAUACGAGGACUGGUCGGCUAUGUGUCUUCGAGUGUUAGGACGGGCUCCUACUGAUCUUGGUGGUGGCGUCAUCCGGAUUGCUUGGCUCAGGGAGACUUUCGAUGAGCUACCGUUUUCUGCAUCACCCCAGACGAUAGAGAAAGUUUGCAAGAGCUUCACCUGCAGUACCUACUUUUUGUGGAGGAUUGGCGCAGAGCGGGGAGGUUUGCUUGGGGAGCAGCUAUGCUAUCCUACUUGUACAGUGGAGGAUCGGUUUGCAGAGAUGGGUAGAUCGGCGCUGCAGAUGACGACAUCUUCUUCACUGGGUGGUGACUUUGGUGGAUGGUUCGCCUUGCUAAUGAUCUGGACGUGGGAGCGGUUUCCUCAUACAUCACCACUACAUGCGGAGACGGGUGCGCAGAUUACUCAGGACGCAGUGCCACGUGGCCUUCGGUGGCUUCCGGCCCACACCCGUCAGCAUGGAGAUCAGUUCUACCUGUACAAGUUGUGGUUUGACGAGUGCACGACAUUCGUGAGGUCAGGACUACAGCGGCACUGUGAUCCAGUCCGACACGUUUCGAGCAGUAGUUCCGCUGAUCUGCUUCUCAUCGCAGAUGUGGCAUCAUCCAGAUCGCGUGCUCGGACACUUUGGGAUGAUUCAGGACCGGCCUCAUCCUCCACAUUCUGCGGCUGA